AUCAUCAUCAUCAUCAUUGGAAUUUGAUUUAAUUUUUUAAAUAUGAGCAACAACAGCAACAACAACAACAACAACGUUCAUCACAAUAGACCGAAUGAUAAAUCCAGUCUGUCAACCUUAACAUCAUCAUCAUCUUCAUCAUCUUUUGGAUCAAUUGGAUCAUCAGAUGAUAAAAUGACAAUAACAACUUCGAAUGGUUUUGGUGGUAGUUGUAAUGGUGCUAAUCAGCUUAUAUCGUUAUUGUCGAUUACACGAUUCAUUAAUGCUGCCAUACAGAACGAUGUAAACAUGAUAAAUACUUAUUAUCAAACAUUGAACAUUCCUGUUGAUGUGGUCGAUAAAAAUGGCUACACUGCAUUAAUAUAUGCAUCUCGUAAUGGCAAUGUGAAUGUUGUACGGCGUUUGAUUGAAUUGAAUGCAAAUGUUGAUUAUCAGGAACCCAGUACUUUAAGCACUGCUCUUCAUUAUGCUGCACAAUGUGGUCAUACUCGUACUGCUGAAGUGUUAAUCAAAUUUGGUCAAGCAAAUAAAGAAAUUCAAAAUCAAGCCGGUAAAACACCGUACGAUUUGGCCAAAGAUUUUGGUCAUGGUAAUAAUAAGAUAAUGAAAUCUUUGUUUCAACCGGAAUUGGCUGAUGGCAACCACCUUACAUCACCUCAAUUUUCGUUAUCAUCACCAUCGUCAUCGUCAUUGAUUAAAACUAGAAAAAUGGGUUCCUCCUCCAGUAUUGAUUCCGGUCUUUCUCAUGAUCAUAUGAUGAACAGAAAUGAAUUUGAUUUGAACAAUAACAACAGUAAUAAUGAUUUCAUUUCAUCAUAUAAAUCCGAAUCAAUGGCUAGUUUUGGUAAGAAAAAAUUUGUAAGUAAGAAAAAUAUUUCUUAUCUUCCUCAUACAACGUUAUUGGAACGUUUUGCACAAUACGGUUGUUACCGUUUAAUGGGUGAUGGUUAUGGUUUCGCAAUUUUGGCCAAAAAUGGUCCACCAAAACUAAUGGCAUAUGAAACAUUCAUUAAUCUAUCCAUACCGAUGAAUAAUGUUGAUCAGCUUUUAAUCGCAUUGAAUAAGAUUGUACUGGAUUUAGAAUCAAACAUUAAACUUACAAUGAAAGAAUAUGAAGAUUUCGAUCCAAUUCAUCCUGAUAAUCAACGAAUAAAUAAUCUUUUUGCAUAUAAUUUAUGGCGAAAAGAAAAUAUAGAUAAAAUCAUGAAAAUUGUACAAUUUAUUCAACAAUGGAAACAUAUGGAAAGUUAUUGAUGAGAUUUCAUACAUUUUCUUGAUACUUGAUACCAUUUGAAGCUAUUUGAUUUUAUUUGAAAUAUUCUUUAUUUUUACAAAGUUAUUUUAUUUCUGAAAUUUUUUUUAAACUAAUUCUGUUAUAAUUUGUUGUCAAACUCUUCUUUUCUGGCAUACAAACAUUUCUAGUGAUGAUUUUGAUGAUCAUUUUGGCCCAUGCUCAUCAUCACAUCAGUUAAAUUAUAUUAUUAUUA